CAUCAUCAUCAUCACCGCAUCACCAUCAUCAUCAUCGUCAUCAUCAUCGUUAUCACCGUAGUCAUCAUCGACAUCAACACCACGAUCUCUUUUCUAACGAGGUCUUGAUAGUUUACACGGCGUCAGUGAGCGAUGCCCUACUCUUGCAGCGAGUGAUCGCGAGGGACAACAAUCACCGUUAAAAGCAGUCGCAAUAUCUAUCUAUCUAUCUAUCUAUCUAUCUAUCUAUCUAUCUAUCUAUCUAUCUAUCUAUCUAUCUAUCGUUCAGUAUUCCUGUUUAUGUUACUGACAUACAUAUAUACAUAUAUACACAAACAAAACAUCGGGCUAUUUACAUGGUAGUUAAUUAAAAUCUCAGACACCAUGGUUUUGGAAGAAGACUGUGAUGGAGCCACUUCAAUGCAAACAUCUGGCACUUCGGAACAGGAGGUUGAAGAACUUUUUAAAGUUGGUGUGCCGCAGAACUUGCCAACCAUCACUCAAAUCAAACAAGUUAUACCAGCUCGAUGUUUCAAUCCUAAAGUUUCUACAUCAAUGUAUUAUGUUGUUCGUGAUGUCAUUAGUAUGACAGUCCUGUACGUAAUUAGUGAGUGGGCCAUGAAUAACUUACCUGUGUCGGCAGGAAUUGUACAUAUACCCCUUUAUUGGUUCUUACAAGGGACCAUGUUCACUGCUAUUUUUGUUCUGGGACACGACUGUGGACAUGGUUCUUUCUCCCAUCAUCCCUUAUUAAACGAUACAAUGGGAACCCUGUUACAUUCUUUUCUGUUAUGUCCUUACUAUACUUGGAAACUGUCCCACAAAAACCAUCAUAAAAACACUGGAAAUAUUGAUAAAGAUGAAGUCUAUUAUCCCAUCAGGAAAAAAUUUCGAAAAACAUCAACUCAGCUUUUACCUGGAUUUGGUCUUGGUUUAGGAUGGUUUGGCUACUUGGUGCGUGGUUAUAAGCCACGACAAGUCAAUCAUUUUAAUCUAUUCCAUUUUCUAUUUCAGAACCAUAUCCUGGGAUGUACUUUAUCUUUUAUAGGAGACUUCAUAAUGGCUUAUAUUUUGUAUAUGUUUUACCACCAGAAAGGGUUUCUAAUGCUUGUUCACCAUUAUAUCAUCCCUCUUUUUGUGUUUUCCACGUACAUGGUGGUGUUUACUUUCUUACACCACCAUGAUGUCAACAUCCCUUGGUAUUCAGAUGAUCAAUGGAACUAUGUUUCAGGGCAAUUAUCCUCAAUUGAUAGGGAUUAUGGUUGGGUGCAUGGAUUAACCCAUGACAUCGGCACACACCAGAUCCACCAUCUAUUUAGUAUAGUACCCCACUAUCAUCUUCCAGAAGCCACUAGCCAUUUCCGAAAAGCUUUCCCACAUUUGGUGCACUAUUAUACUGAUCCAAUUCUUCCAACAUUUUGGAGCAUGUUCAAGAAAUAUGCAGCUCAGUCAUUGAUUAGUGACUCUACCCAGAUACAUGUUUACAAAUGAUUGUUUUAAUAGUGUCAAAUUUUCAAACCUUUUUUUUUUUCACCACUAAAAUUUCUUGCCCAGCACUGGACACUUUCAGGUUAUAUGGUUGCUAAAGACAUAUUUUUCUAUAUUUUUAAUCAGUUCCCCACUGAGCAAUAAAUACCAUAUCACUAAUUAACUAAUUAAUUUCUUUUCUCUUUAACCUGAUUUGUUCCUCUGCACCUUUUUAACAACAGAAUAAUUCCAUAUUUUUCUACCUCUCAUUAAGAAAGCACAAUGACUAUUAUUCACUGGUAAAGCACGAAAAUGUUUUGUCUACCAAUAAAUUAUGGUUCUAGAUAUUAGUAUGGAGAAGUUGAGGGUGGUGAUAACUAUGGAAGGUCGGAAUUCAGAUAACAUUCAGAUUGAUUUACUGUAGGUGGUGGCUGGGGUACAGAUGGAAACAUAAGAUGAAAUUUAGAAACAGUUGACAAAUAAACUGCUUCAGAAGUGAACUGCAACAAGCUUUGGGAUAAUGUCCUCUUAGUAGAAUGACUCAGUGAUUUUGGAAACCUGAGUUUUGCAGAGUUGAGAUCUAGAACUGAAAUUAUUCUGUAAGGGCAUGGGAAUGAAUGUUACCCUUGCUGCUGCAGAAACUUAUUAAAACAACUGUUCAAGAUACAUAGAGACAUUGAAAUCGAGACCAAAAUAGUGGAGUUGUGGACAAUUGCCAUCCGUUAUAUUGUAAAUAUAAUUUGCAAAACACUUAAAAUAUAAUAAUUUAAAAUUUUGGCAGAAUGCCAGUUUUAUGGGAAGUAAGUCAUUACAUUGAUCCCAGUAUGUCACAGGUAUUCUAUUUUACCAACCCCUAAAUGGAUGAAAGACAAAGCUGACCUCAGUGUGAUUUGAACUCAGGAUGUAAGAAGAUGAUAGAAAUGUCACGAAGCAGUUUUGCCAACUCUCUACUGAUUCUGCCAGCCCUUUGCUCUUUGUUUUUGACUUAGGCCCAAUGCCGUUAAUUUUGAGGGAAGGGGCUUGUCUGUUCCAUCAACCCAGUUCUUGUUCUUCAUUUUAUCAACCUCAAAACGAUGAAAGCAAAGUCGACCCCUCAGCUUCAUUUCAAUGGAGAAUGUCAAGGUAAUAUUUUACUGAUGCUCUAACAACUUUACUACUACUACUACUACUACUACUACUACUACUACUACUACUAACGAAGGGUUUAUGUGCAGUGAACAGUCACACAAUAACAA